CUAACCCAAGUAACCCAAGUGACCGUCAGUGUUUCAUAAGGCGUCUGCUCUUUAAUUUCGACUUGCAGACGCAUAUGCGAAACAAAGGCCCGUAUCACAUUUGACCCUGCUUGCCUACUAUACUCGGCGCAGCAUGGGUUAUUCCGAGGUCCACUGCCACAUCUGCGGUGUCAGUUUCAACAUCAGCCGCAUUCGCACACCGUCUGAGCCGCGCACCGCAGCCUGGAGCUGCACGAGGUUGUUCGCGGGCACAUAUGUCAAUAGUAGACACUACACGCGCAGUAAAUGCCCGCCAGGCUGUAUGGUUGCGCUCAGAGCUCGGCGCAACCCCUGGGGUUUCGGGCUCAGGGGCUACGCUGAUCGAGUCGAGCCGACAUCGGCCCACGAUAGCCCAACUCGAGAUGAGCGGCCGCCUGGCCACGAGGAAAUGUUCCCCGAGCAGCCAGAUCCACUCCCGGCCGAUGAGAUCGACAGGCGAUUCCGUGGUAUUGGCGUAACUCACGAGCUGGAACAUAUCGCAGGGCCGGAUUGCUCUUACGGGCCUGUCGCCGGCGGCGGCUAUAACGGACAGAAUAUAUCCCUCCAAGAGAUACGGGGAUGCAACACCGUGCAGUGCCUGGUUCGCAAACCCUCAGACUGGGAGCCGGAAGACGACGACCAAGAAUUCGAGAAGUCUGGCGCAUUCUUCCUGAGUGGCCUCAGUGAUUAUAUGCCAAGUCGGGACGGCCCGGGCCUCUCUGUCUUCCCCGAGCGCCACAGUUGCACGCAACCUAAAGCCGAGAACAUCUUUUGGUCUGAGAGUCGGAGAAUGGAAUACGCCCUUCCUUUCCAUACGACUUGUCUGGAGAUCUUCAAGCAAGCGUCGGUGCAUCAACACGGGAAAAUCGACAUCAAGGCCCUGACGGGAUGGUGGGAGCUGGAAGCAAACGAGACUUCUUUUCAACACUUUCCUCGAGAUCAUGCUGUAAUAGAAGCCCGGAAUAAGUUCUGGACUCACAACCCCGGUGCCGAGUACCUAGUUGCGAACCCAUGCCACGUUCCAGGACUCGAUACGCUAUUGACAUCCGCCCGGCUGAGACGAGAUUCGUGUCAGUCUGUCACCACAACUGAAACCCAGCGAUCCUCUGAAGACGCCGUAGUUGUGGAUCCGUUCUCAGUCCUACCGCAGGAAGUCCGAACUAUGAUUCUUCUACAACUGGACUUUGAAGACAUGACGAACGUGCAACUCAGCUCACGCGCCUUUCGCGACAUACCCGACACGGUUUUCCACGACCUCAUUAUCCGAGACUGGCCCUGGAUGUGGGAGGCUUGGUCCAAGCACGGCUACUCAAUAUGGGCAUCGAAAUCUUCUGAGGAGCUUGAGGAGGCUGCGGAAUCUCAGCGGAGGCAGGCCGAGCCAAAUCACAUCAACGAACUACUCGUCCAAGGUGGAGAACACACCAAUGAUAACUAUACAACUGAAGCUGAGCGAGAUGACGAUGAACCAUCAAAGAAGUCUUUGCCCGCAGCUGGCUUUCUACAAAAUCCGCACGCCACCGACUGGCGCAAAGUUCGACUGGAUAUUUCAAGGAAGCUCGCCGGUAAUCAGCUAAAAGGCCUUCGCAAUCGGCAGCGAAUCUGGAAGGACUGCCAGGAGAUUCUUGCUCGAGCUGAAAAGUACCGGAGCGAAGGAAAGUUGUGAGCUUCGAAGUGUACCGCAACCCAGGGUCAAGUACCAGAGUUUACCGCGCAACGAUGUUACGUCUGUCGAGCGUUGAAAUGUGCAAUAAUUAUUUAAUAUCUAGUAGCGUACUAUGAAGGGACGAAAGCAACAUAAUCCCAAUUUACCUCUUCCGGCCCUUGGUUUUAGUCAGAGGCGAGAUAUUAGUUAUAUCAUUUCUUAAAAUUGGACUUAAAUAUGUAUUUUAUUUACCAG